AUGUCAGACAGCAUCACCAUCCCAGGCGGACUUACAGCACCUAUCGCUACACUUCCAGAGAAAUUCUUCCCCUUCUUGUCGCUACCCUACGAACUACGUAACAGAAUCUAUCAUUUCGUGGCAGUCCGGCCUGAUGGCUAUAUCGGUCAAGCUGACAAUCAAGGCGGCGAAUGCACCAUUGGGAGAAUCCAGGCCAGACUCCAAGCGCACCUCCCCAAAACUGUAUUCGACAAGAUCCAUGUUCCAAUCAACUGCCUCCACCCUGAUCACGAGAAAAUGCAACUUGCGAAAGACUUUCGCAACUAUGGUUGCUUAAAUAUUACACAUGUUUGCAGACAAAUGCACAAAGAGUUCACCCCCGUCUUCUUUGAAAGGAAUGGCUUUGAGCUUCGUGACGCAUCCGCCUUUAUAGCAUUCGUCGUCAAGAUGCAGGCUGUACAUACUAGCCUCAUUCGCAAACUUCGCAUCUAUCACACCAUCACCCUCAAUACGGACGACAUUCAAGCAAUCUUUGGGCAGUUGGGUGGUAUCAGUGGAGACACUUUCUAUUGUUUGCUUGAAGACAACUAUCUUAAUGAUGCAACGUCAUGUUCUGCCCUCCUCCACGUCCUCAGGGCCCUCAUUGAAUCGUGCAACAGCCUCCAACAAUUCGAUCUUGUCUACCGCCUAGAAGUGCCGGCCGAGCACUUCCACGUCUUGAAUGCACUCAACACCCCCUACAUCACGCAGCACGCUCAGAGUUGGCGCGGAGAGCCCAUGCGGUGGGAUCUCCACACAAAGAACGUCCUACAGAAGCUCCGACAGGACGAGAAGAUGCGCCAGGAUGAUCCAAUCGCGGUGGAGGUGGAGGAAUUCAAGACCAACGACUUUACCAAUCAGGUAGCUACCGCUUCUGGUCGUCGGCAGCUGUUCUUCGAUGUCUACGCCGAUGCUAUGACGGAGGCGUGCCUCAGCCAUGCUGAGGAAUUAAUCGAAGACGUUGUGCAGAACCGCACCAAGGAGGCUCCGUAA